GGUAUCAUCAUCUUCCCUCUGCUAUCUUCAAUCUCAUCGCCGUUCGUUCCUUAGGGUUUUUAACCUCGGAGCCUAAAACAAUGGCGUCUCUGGCCAAGUUUCACUGCUCUAACCAACCAUUCCACCUCAAGCUCAACAACGGUCAGAGUAGAUUUCAACCUAAACCAACUUCAUACCGAAUCCACCAGAAGCCUCCUCCCUCUCGCGCCAUCAGAGCUUCAUCAUCUUCUAAACCCAAACCCUCUCUCCUCAAAACAACCUGCGUAACCCUCACCACAGCCGCCGCUCUGCUCUCCGCCUCCCUCCACCUCUCCUCCGUCAAACCCGCCGUCGCCGCACCUCCAAUCGCGCCAACAGCUUCCGAAGCAUCAUCAUCCAUCGAAACAGACCAAGAAGCAGCGCUCGAGAAGCACCUCGCCGCCAACCCGAACGACCUGGAAGCUCUCCAGUCCCUGAUGAAAAUCAAGCUCCAGUCGAAGAAUCUAGACCAAUCGGUUGAGAUUCUGAACCGCCUGAUCUCCCUCGAUCCCGAGGAGCAAGAGUGGCGGAUCCUGAAAGCUCAGGUGCAAACCUACGGCGGAGAUUUCGACUCGGCGACGAAAGGAUUCGAGGAGGUUCUAGCCAAAGAUCCGCUCCGCGUCGAAGCUUACCACGGACUCGUGAUGGCUUACUCCGAGUCCGAGUCCAAGUUAUCGGAGCUCGAGGGGAGAAUCGGGGAAGCGAUCGAGAGGUGCAAGAAGGAGGAUAGGAAGAAGGAUUUUCGGGAUUUCAUGCUUUUGAUUGCGCAGAUUAGGGUUAUGGAAGGGAAUCCGAGCGAGGCGCUUAGGGUUUAUCAGGAGCUGGUGAAGGACGAGCCUAGGGACUUUAGGCCGUAUCUCUGUCAAGGUUUGAUUUAUACCUUGUUGAAGAAGAAGGACGAAGCGGAGAAGCAGUUUGAGCAGUUUCGAAAGUUGGUUCCUGAGAAUCAUCCGUAUAAAGAGUAUUUUGAUUCCAAUAUGCUCAAUACCAACAAGCUUUUCGCCAAGAGUUAGGUGAGUGGAAGGCUGAGACGCUUUGAGUUUUGUUGAGUGCUUAGUUAUAUGUUUGGUUUGUAGUUUGUACUUCAUCACGCUAAACUUAUCAUCAUCGAAUUGAAAGUCUACAUCUUUUGUUA